CGAUUCUCAAAAUUAUGGCACAGAUUCCAGUUUUGUUCGUUUCUAAUUUAUUCAUAAAUAAAAGGAAAAAGUCCGCCUAUUACUUUUGUUUCACUGUUCUUAUCUUCUUUUACAUUUCUUGAUUUCAUUUUUGUGGAAUUAAGUAAAUUGUGUAUAGUCCACGCGUCCAUUUCUGACCUGUACUGAUUUAUUCAUCUGUAAAUUUCUUGAUUUUGAAUUAACUUCCAAAUUCGUUGGUGGUGAAGCUCCGCAAAACGCCACCAAAAUCCGAGUAAAGAAGGUCAGAAUGUCUGCGAUUUUCACUCCCAUUUCAGCUACUUCCUUUUCUGUCUCUGAAUUGAGAAAUUCUCGAGAGCCCGCCAAGAGUUUCUCAGAAAGACUGAGUUUUUCAGGGGAAUCCAGCUGCAGAAAGUCUGUUUCUUGGGACAUUAGGAGAAGGAAUCUCUGUAAAAUGAUGGGUUUGAAGUGGGGUCGUGCGAGCACGACCGAUGAUGGAGUUCAAGCCUUUGAGCAGGAAGCUUUUGUGGAUGUGUCCUUGACUUUUGAAGAUGGUGGAAUUGAAGCUACUAUGAAUAAUUUGAGCAAGUGGCUUAUCUCAGCGAUUUUUAUCGUAUUUGUUCUCUGGAGGCAUGACGCACUAGCUUUAUGGGCUUCUCUGGGUUCUGCACUCAAUGCUUUACUCUCAGUUGUACUCAAGCAUUCACUAAACCAAGAAAGGCCCUUUUCUACGUCAAGAUCAGACCCCGGGAUGCCUUCUUCUCAUGCACAGGCUAUAGCUUAUACCAUCAUAUUUCUCGCUGUUACAUUGGUGGAGAUGUUCGGAGUCAAUGCUUUUACAGUCGCUCUAAGCGGAGUUUUUGCUGUAAUUGGUUCUUACUUUGCAUGGCUUCGGGUCUCCCAACGUCUUCAUACAGUUAGCCAAGUGGUCGUGGGAGCAGUCGUGGGAUUCACAUUCGGAUUCCUCUGGUUCUGGUCGUGGAACAGUUUCGUGCUCAGCUUGUUCACAUCCUUCUUGUGGGCAAGGAUUGUGAUCACUUUGGGUGCUGUUGUUUUUGUUGCUUUUUUUCUUCUUCACAGUUACCGGUCCCAGCUUAAAGUAUAACAAAAUUUACAUCUCUUUCCACAUCUUUUUUGUAGCUCUGAAUGAUCUUGAUUGGAUUAUUGUCCAACUCAAUGCUCAUAGUGAAUGAAAAUCCGUAGCUAUAUCUUGUUAGUCCCUUCAA